CUUUCCUCAGGUCCAGAUCAGCCCUUGAAGUUGCAGCUAGCGCAUGCGUUGGCAUCUGGCGCUACUUUUCUUUACUUGUAAAUUUUUAGGAGAAAGGCGACUGCCUGCUUGUGCGCUGAGGAAACCCUCCUUGUGGACUGGUCUACUCUUUGGAAGGGCGGGCGCUUUCAACAUGGCAUUCUGGGGUGUGGAGUUGAAGCCUGGGAAGCCAUUUCGGCAGAUCCCAACAGAGGGCACUGGGAGCCAAUUGCACCUGUCCAAUGCGGUUCUGGGGCUGAACCCCAAACAGGGCGAGCGCACGGUGGUCAAGUGCAAGGUCGGCGACAACCCGGAGAUCUUCCUGGCGUCUCUGACGGGGGGCGCCACCGAGUCAUGCAGCCUCGACAUCAUCAUUGCGGAUGACGUCGUGUUCUCAGUCACGGGGAGCACGAGCGUGCAUCUGACGGGGUAUUACAUGCCGAUCGAGCCGCAGGAGGAGACGGACGAUGAGUUUGACGAGUACGGGGAAGAGGACUUCGACGACGAAGACGAUGACUCUGAGUACGACGAGUACGAAGAGGACGAGGACGAUGAAGAAGAAAGCGACGAGGAUGAAGAGGAAGAAGACGAGGUUAUCGGGCACGGGAACAAGGGCGUGCGGAUCGAGGAGAUUACAGACGACGCUGCGGUCGGCGCGCUGCCGAUUAUACGCGCGAACCCAAUUGUGUCCGAAACGUACGAAGAGUCCGAAUCGGACGAAGAAGACGAGGACGGCUUCGAGCGGCACCACAAGCGGAAAGCGCACAAGAUCGAGAUCGAGGCGCCGGCGGCUAAGAAGCAGGCUGUCGAGGGGGAGACGAAGAACGAGGCGUCGCAGGCCGGCAACGGUGGUCUGAAGGGCACGCCUAAACCAAACAAGAAAGCAGAAGCCGCCGCUAAGACGCCCGCCCUAGAAAAGACCAAGGCGAGUGGUUCAGAAACAGCGGCAAAGACGCCGAAGGGAGAUAAAACCGGAGGGGAGGCCACUCCGGCAGUCUCAGAAAAGAAGCGGAAAGCGGAGAAGACGCCCGGCGGAAAAGGUGCGAACGGGGCGGAAAAGGUUACCGCGGAAAAGAAGCCUAAGGCCGAGAAGACGCCCAACGGUGCGGCGGUCGCCGAGAAGAAGGCGGUGACGUCACAGGCGACGGGAGUGACGUCACAGGAGAAGGCGCCGGCGGUGGAGGAGAAGCGCGUCGACGCGGGGGGGAAGAAGAAGCAGGGCGGGGAGCCCCCCGCGGAUGCGAAAUCGCCCAAGGCCGGGAAGGGGGGCAAGGGCACGGUGCGGGAGUUCCCCAACGGGCUCAAGAUUGAGGAACUAGGGAUGGGGAGGCCGGACGGAAAGCGGGCGGAAAAGGGGAAGCGGAUCUCGAUGCAGUAUGUGGGCAAGCUGGCGAAGAACGGCAAGGUGUUUGACGCGUCAAGGGGGAAGCCGUUCUCGUUCCGGUUGGGGAUCGGCGAGGUGAUAUCGGGCUGGGAUAAGGGCAUCGAAGGCAUGCGAGUCGGCGACAAGAGGAGGCUCACGAUCCCACCAUCCAUGGGGUACGGUGCUAGAGGUGCCCCUCCCGACAUUCCUGGGAACGCUACGCUGCUGUUCGAUGUGGAGUUGGUGAAUGUCAAAUAAUUUCGAGAGCUGCUUCCCGCGAUCAUAGAAAAGUCCUUCGCAUAAAACACUGUGUCUGAAUCUGGAGGUCUCCAGCCGCCUGAUAGUACUCGAGCUCUAGAUAAAUGAGAGCGUCCAAUGUCCGAGUGAUAUCAUUUACCGUCAAUUUUAGCAGCUGCAUACAACCUAGAGAAUCCAGAAAAGGAUGAUAUAGACAAUACAUUGGGUGCAAUAAUUGAUUAUCCUGGAGUUCAUUGCUUGUAGAAAGCCUUUUUAGCCACAAAGCCCAUUCUAAUGGUGCAUGGUAUCAUCGUUGAAAACGGGGCACUGGCAAGGAACAGACAGGCUCCAGUGCAAAAGAUGGGAGAUAACCGUAUGCCAAUUGCACUGAAUUUACCUCAGGCCAGGC